UGGGUGGAACAAGGUGGUGUCGGGAGGCGUGACUUUUCUGCGACGGUGGCAGUGUCAGUGUUUGCGUUUGAGGCCCCAGAAGAAUCUUCGGUUGGCAGCUGGUAUAGGGUGCUUUUUCGCCUUGGGCAGUUACAGAGAGGAGCUCAGAAAGCAAACGGGGCAGAGGUUCACAUUAGACAAGGAAGUCAGUAAAAGAGCUGCAGUUCAAAGUAAAUCUGUGUGCAGUCACAAUGAUCAUCUUGCCACAGUCCAGCAUUCAGUGACUGUACUGAUCUCAAGAAAGAGUGGACCAUUGUGGUUUGACAUGAGUUCUGAAACAUCUGGAAAACGCUGUACGAGUCAAGUCAACGAAAGCUCUGCAUUCAGUAUGGUUUCUGACUCCCCUUUAGAAGGCUCAAUAAUAAGGCCUUCACGUCUUUCAAAGAAAGGGAUAGCAUUUGGUAAACGUUCCAAUUCAAUGAAGAGGAAUCCAAAUGCUGAGGUAAUGAAGACUGGCUGGCUCUACAAGCAGGCUAGCUCUGGUGUAAAGCAGUGGAAUAAACGCUGGUUUGUCCUUGUUGAUCGUUGCCUCUUCUAUUACAAAGAUGAAAAAGAGGAAGUUAUCUUGGGAAGCAUUCCUCUUCUAAGUUUCUGUAUUGCCCCUGUGCAGCCUUCUGAUAACAUCAGUCGUAAACAUACCUUUAAGGUGACAGUAUGCUGUAUAGGGGGCGUCUCUCUCAAUAACACAGCCCCUAUCUCUCGGCAGGCAGAGCAUGCUGGGAUUCGAACUUAUUUCUUUAGUGCAGAAAACAGAGAGGAGCAGGAGUCGUGGAUAUGCGUGAUGGGGGAAGCAUCACAGGUUCAAAACCUGGCCACUCCUAGGAUGGAAAAACAGGACAGUGAGAACAUACCAUCAACAAAAGAUCGUGAACCUGAGACCAGAAGUCGUGGGGAGGGAGAUGGGAGAGGUUCUGAAAAAUUUGAGAAUAGGUCAGAAUGCAAGCAGGAGUUUCUGACCAAAGUUAAUGGGAGGGGGGUUCCUCCAGAUAGACCCCCUGACCUGCAGCCACCCAGGCACUUUCCUGAAGGGGAACAACCACCACAGCCCAAUGGAUGGGGUUUCCCCCCCUCUCCUGGCCGACCAGCAAGCACUGCCUUCUCAGAGGGCCAGAGGCGUGGUAACCUACCCCGAACUCACCCAGAAAAGGUAGCACAGAGGCAAAACUCUAUGUCACAACUACAGCAGUGGGUUAACUUAAGGAGGGCAGCAGGUCCUACUGAGGAGAUACAAAGCCCCAGCAGGUUCUUCUCAGAAUCUCGCAGAAUACCUGAAUGUUACUCCCAAUGCCCUUCUCAGUAUCUUGAUGGCUACCAAUAUUACAGCUCACCUGCAGGAUCACGGCCAGACAGUAUCUGCUCAAUGCCUAUUUUUGACAGGGGAGUUCCGCAGUGGGGUGCAGAAGACAAAAGGCAGAUCCACCAUAAACUAGUUCCUUAUUACCCACGGGACUGGAAUGAAGCUGGGAGCUAUGGACGUCAGACUGAGAUGUGGGUUCCCUGUCCACAACUGUAUUACCAAGAAACAGAUGCUGCAUGUGAAUCUCUUAGACAUCUGUCAUUACAGCCUCGCUCACGCUCAGUACCCCGUUCUAAUAGUCAAGGAACCUACAACUACACACGCCCAAGGGUUUACUCUCCUGUCCGUUCCCCCAGUGCCAGGUUUGAUGGCGUAACACGGGAAGAUAUUUUUGGAGACCCAGCAGCAUAUACCAUGAGACGUUCAGUCAGUUCCCCAAAAUAUGGUUACAUAGGAGACAGGCAUCCUCAUCAAGCUGGAGUGUAUUCAUACAGCUACCCUGCAUCCCCCCCUCUUCAUGAUAAAAUGGAUGAGAUGUUAGAUCUGCAGUUACAGAGGCACCUUGAUUUUUUGGAUCAGCAGAUGAGUGAGAGUGAGACUCUGAUCAGCAUGGUGAAUAACAUGGUACACUCUUCCCCCCGAGCACAGAUCUUCAUGCAAGUUUCUCCAUACUCGGACCCAUACAGAGAAGCACUGCAGAGCUACAAGAUUAAUGAACACGACACAGAUAAGCUCCUUGGUCAGCUAUGCGAGCAGCACAAGGCAGUGAGAGAACAGGACCGCCUGGUACAGCAACUUAGAGCAGAAAAGGAGAGUUUGGAGAGUGCUCUGAUGGGGACCCACCAGGAAAUGGAGAUGUUUGGCAACCAGACAGCAUUUCCAGAAAAUCUGCUUCAUCGGAAGGAAUCCCUUCAAAAUCAGCUCAUCAGCAUCCGCGUUGAAUUGUCACAGGCCACAACGGCCUUAAAUAACAGCAGCCUAGAAUAUGAGGCUUUAGAGGGAGAGGUCUCUGCUUUGCAUGAUACCCUGUGGGAACAGCUGAAUCUCAAUAUACAGAAUGAGCUUAUGAACCGACAGAUCCAGAGAGAGAUUUGGAGGAUUCAGGAUGUCAUGGAGGGACUGAGAAAAAAUAAUCCAUCCCGGGGAACUGACACGGCAAAGCACCGCGUAUUGCCUGGACCCUCAGCUACCUUCAGCUCCAACAGCCCUGCAAGUCCCAUAAGCUCUGCUAGUCUUACAAGCCCCCUCAGUCCCUUUUCUCUCAUCUCAGGAUCACAAGGCUCCCCCACCAAGCAAACAACCAGUGAGGACUCUGGCCCUCCACGGCCCCCUCUCCCUCUUUCGUACACACCUUUGGACUCUCCUUCAGAUGUCCUUCCUCUCCCUGGGGAAGGUUGUUUCCAGCCUUGGCCAUACCCCCUCUCUUCCUGCUGGCUGCACAGUGAGUUGAAGAUGAAUUUAGAACCAUAUAAAAGAGAAUCACUCCAGCUUUCAUCCUCGCUUACUCCUGAAAGAUUACGUUCCCUUCAGUUUUGUUCUGAGCAUGAGUCAGAGAAACAACAACAAGUACCUCUACAGGUCAUUAACAAAGUUGGCAUUGUUCCCCCAAUAACAAAAUCACAUAAUGAAGAUGAGUCAGAAAUGAAACCAUCAGUGGUUAGACGAGAAGGUAGCAGAACACCUAAUGGAAACAUCUCACGAGAGCGGCCAAAGAGUGCAUUAUUCCCCAGUGAAGUAAAGUCCAAGAUGAGUGUCGAAGAGCAAAAUGAUAGGAUGAAGCGUCACCAGACUGGAUCAGUGAAAGAAAAGAGACGAAGCCUGCAGCUCUUAGCUAACCAGCAGUCAGAACACAGUGCAACCAAAUCAACUGGAACAUACAGAAUAGUACGCAGACAUCGCAGUGUCCACGAGGUUGAUAUAUCAGACCUGGAAGCAGUUUUGCGUUCCCAGGAACCCCAGCAUACAUAUGAAUCCCCUCAAGAUGAGAUUGCCCGGCUUCGCAAGAUGGAGGUGGAGCCACAAUCCUACAGUGUAGAUAUCACCAGAGAGCUUCCUGUCCCAGACAAGCUUUCAACCCCAGAGAAAGUGCUGAUCCCAGAGCGUUACAUAGAAUUGGAACCAGAAGGCCCACUGAGCCCAGAGGAAAUGCAGGAAAAAAGGAGGAAGGUGGAAAGAAUCAAGACGCUGAUUGCAAAAUCCAGCUUACAGAACGUGAUCCCACUAAGUGACUCGGAACUAGAAGUGACCCCUGAUCCUGAGUCCCAGCUUCAGGAGCAAGAGAAACGAAUAGAGUUAUCUUGCACGCUGGCUGCAGAAGCUUCACGUCGUGGGCGUCUCCUCUCUGCUCUUUGUGCCACCCCAAGUCCCCCUACAUCACCCAAGUCCCCAGCUCCUCAGACCCUCUCCUCCUCUCCUGAGCAUUCGGCGUUGGGGGGAGGCAACAGCAGCAGGAGCAGUGACAGCGCUGGGGAAUACGGGGCGAACAUCAUGUGUGUCUGAGCCACAGUCACAGGCCAGAAAUCUUGCAAAACUACACAAAGACUAGUUCCACAUACACACUCCAGCUGUUCUGACAGUGCCAGAAGAUUUCACCUCUCCUACCAAAUACAGACAUCACCAUUUAAAGAGAAAAGAAGAAAGAUUCUCAACGGAUGAAGAUUAGCGCAUCAUGGUGGAAGCCAGACUGUCCUAGUCUGAUAUAUAUUUAAAGCACUGAUUUUGCAACCAAGUGGAGAGAAACUGUAGAAUGAUAUUAGUUGGCAAUUAUUAAAAUAUUGCAUGACCAAAACUAAGGAAUUUCCCCAGGGCUGUAAAGCCAGAGCCAUUGAAACUACUUUGUACCAGACAAUCAUUUCUGUUAAGGUAGUCUAUGGUCUUUUUUCAAGUGACUUUCACUAGAGAGUUGUCACAGUAUUGCUUAACAUUUAGAAACACAUAUUUUCUGGACUUUAAAUUACUUUUAAACUAAGCCACCAAAGCAUUUUCUUGCACAUGCAUUAUUUGUCAUAUACAGUGCUUGAAUUAGCCUGUUUGCCAAUUUCUUUCUCCCCCAUGGGUUUCUUCUUCUUGUCAACUGUUGCAGACUUCUGGGGGAGGAAUUAAUCCUCCAGCAGCUCAGAGCACUCCAAUGGCCCACCUUAACCCCCCCCCAUAAAAAAAAAAUUACAAAGUAGAAUAAAAAUGAAAAUUGUGGUUCAGAUAACAUUAAUGCCCCUCAAUGUUCUUUUAGUUUAAUAUGGUAAAUCUAUGCAUGCUAAGCAUCAAAACUGUUCAGUAGAUGGAAAAAACAAAAUGUCUUUGCUCUAAGUAAAAGAAACCCGAAAGUGUUGGCAAGCAAGGUCUAUUUUAACAGUAGGUGUGGCUUAUAAUUUUGGAUGGGGCUUAUUUUAGGCACACUGCGCUAAAUACAAAUGUUUAACUCAAUUUAAGCACUGGUAUUAUAUACGUUGUGUAAGACUUGUCAGUAGGCGAUUCCUCUUGGCCAAGCUGGCAAUAAUUUGGUUCUGGGCACUCUUUUGGUUCUAUCUUUACAAAAACAAACCCAACCUAAUUCAAGCAUAUUUCUUACUAUAAAAACAUAUAUACAUAUACAUACAUAUAUAUAUAUAUAUAUAUAUAUAUAUAUAUAAUGUAUAGGAUCAAUUAAUUAUAAUGCUUGGAGCCUGGGGUUUUCUUGAUAAAAAGAUCUUUGGAUCUCCAUAUCUGCUAAAUCUGCUUAAAAUAAUUAAAACUUUUGUUUUGCCACAAAUAUAAAUACAUGCAGCUUAGGAUCAAGUACUAUGUACUGUUUAAAGGAAAAUUGUUUUAAAAAAACUUUGCUUGUAAUGUUAUAGACUUUAUAGGAGAUGGUCUUCCUGUUAUUUGGAGCAUUCUGGGUAAUGGGUUUCCAGAUAGGGAAUCCCAAACUUGAUACAAUAUAUAUAUAUAUAUAUAUAAAUCUUUAUAUUUUACUUCAUAAAGAGAAAAAUAUUAUUGUAUGUAUAUAACUAGGGAAAGUGCUAUUCAUAAAGGUGAAUGUACUAUCCUCUUAAAGGGAUAGUUCAAUUUUUCAGUUACAUUUAGUAUGUUAUAGAAUGUCAUGUUCUUAGAUUUGUAAUUUGUCUUCUUUUUAUAGUUCAUUCAUAACUAUUUGCCAUCUUUCUGUGCCUCUUUUCAGUGGUGGAGGGGCUUCAGUUUAAUUGUUUAUCGUGUAUUUUUUUAUACUUCUCUUUCUUUCCAGACCCUCUUCUAGUCAUUCAUUACAAAAUGAUGGGGAAAAGUCAGUGACCAAUUUAUUGCAUGGGGCCCCAAGAUAACUGAUGGUGAUCCAACAUGCAUGUAUCAGUCCAUAUAAUAGGUAUACUCCUAUCAAGAAAAGGGUUACAAUUUUCUUUUAUAUUUUUCUUUGCAGAGUCAUAUACUAUUAUAAUUACAGAGUUAAUUUGAUUUUACAAUAAAAAAAAAGACAACAGUCUAUCAAGUUCAACAUAUAUGGAAUGAUCCCCAACCAGCAUGAUUUUAAGAGUGACAAGCCUCUCAUCCACAUCUGUAUUUUGGUUACUUGCUUGUUCGUUCUGCCCCAGGUGCACUUAAUGUGCAGACAAUUUUCACGUUUAAAUCUCAUGCAUCAUUGCAGGGUGGCAGCCUAGGGGCACCCACACUGGAAAUUAUAUCCAGAUUGUUGCCUUGGAUACUGUUGUUUGUCCAAGAAAUUAUCCAAGCAACUCUGAAAGACAUUGAUGGAAUCAGCCAUCACAACAUCACCCAGCAGUGCAUUUCACAAAAUAAAAAAAAAGUUUAGUUCUUCAAGUCUAAAGGAUCAAUCUCUUGUUCCAUCUAUGAGAAAAAAAUCCUGUGUAUCUGUAUAUAAUGUUUUUAUUAUCUCCAGAGAAAACAACUUCAACUUUAAAAGUCUAUCCUCAUAGGCAUAUUGUUUCAGCCUCAUUUCCUAGUAUUUCGUAGUGCCCCAUAAAUCGUAAGUCAUAUUAGAGUUUUUCUUCUCCCACAGAAAGUUGUUAUAACUGUGACAAGCUGAACUCUGCAGUAGCAGCCCAAGUCCCACCCCAGUCUCUCUGCUUCCAGCCCUGUAAAGUUUUAAUGUGUCCCAUUAUCGGCUGUUACAUCUCAUUCCCAAGGUAAUUUGAACCCUAGCAUCCAGAUAAGUGCGGAAAUUCCAAACUGGAGAGUUGCUGAACAAAAAGUAAAAUAAUUAAAUAAAAAAAGACCAAUUGCAAAUUGUCUCAGAAUAUGACUUCUCUUCAUCAUACUAAAAAAUAACUCAAAGGUGAACAACUCCUUUAAAUAUCUUAUGCCUUUUAACUCCCAAAGAAAGCUAAAAAACAUAUUUGGAAUUUGUUUUAAUAUUUGCUGCAAUGCUUUUUUUCAUUCUCUGUUUUUGCUUGUCUGUUUGCUUUUUUGUAUGCUUUGUUAACCACCAUAUACCUAAUAAAAGGUUACCGUUGUAACUUGAA